UAUCAGAAAACUUCGCGUUACAUAAAUCAACAACAAUAAUUAUUGUUAAUAUUAAUAUUGUUAUCGUGAUUAUGACACCCAACUCCCGUGUGAACUGCACGCCCAUGUGUGGUCCUGAUGGUUACGUUACACCAUGAUUACACUUUUGUUUUAGAUUUAGUUUAUCCUUCUUUAAUUUAUAUUAAUUUAUUUUCUUUCCUUUCGUCUGGUAUAUUGUUAUAUUGAUAGUUUUAUUCAUUAUCAAUUCAGGCAAUAGAUCAUCCAACAACCAAUCGUAAAUUAACGAGGGAUAAUACCUAUAAAAUUAUCAAUUAUCUAGUGACGUUUGCGUAAGGGCGUAAGCGUAAGUAGACAACAAGAAAAAUGGAGUUUGCCUUGUGAUGUUAACUCCAGUGCUAGUGUUGUACCAACUCGUGAUUAUCAGUUUCUUGAGGAAGCUAGGAGAAAUAAGGCCAUGAAAGACAAGGAGUAUACUGCCAUAGAUAUUGAAUCCUCCAUGGAGACUCAGCGACUUCUGGAUCAUGAUUCUUUGGCCCAGAAUUAUCAAGAACAUCAAGAGAUGACUAUCCUUCCUAGAUACACUACAAAUGCAACACUACAAAUCUCUGCUACUCCUGUGGAUGUGGAUGAUCCUAUAUCAUUAGAACUCGACAAUGCAGCUGAUAAGAAGCCCUAUGAUCUGGAUACCUUACAAACCAAAGUUCUACAUAGUAAAUACAGCGUGUAUAUACCAACUUAUAGAAGCACUGAGGAGCGGAAAGUCGACGAAAAUGGUAAUGCAUUACAUCAAAAUCCAGCUACAAAAGCCAAGAAAAAGAAGACCCAGACUGAUAAGAAUGUGGUUGUUCUUACUGCCGAAAGAGUCGAAGGCCACCGCAGCGACAUCAUCAACGACGUGGACAAGCUGAUCCAGUACAUCAAGGGCGGCGAUGCGGGCACGGUCGGCAAGGGCGGGCGGUCGUCGAACGUGCACAAGUCGAAGCAGCUGCACAAGCAGCACGCGUCCGAGGACGGGCCGUCCAGCCGCAAGAAGCAGCGGGCGAACUCCACCAAGGGCAAGGAGUCCAGGCCGGAACUGAAGAAGAGCAACUCACUGGGCGAGAUAUCGACCGCCACAUUGGACGAUUUCGCUUUCGUUGGGAGCAGCGGAUCCGAGAAGGACAGCGAAGGUAAAGUCGUGUUGAGGCACAAGUCGCAAGGAGACAGACCCAAGGAACGAAGAUCGUGGGGAAAUGUUGAGCCUCCGCCAUUCCAAAUCCUAUCCAGCAACGCGUCGACCGAGAACCUCGAAACGACCGACAACUGGGUGGUCACUAAGCCCAAGAAGAAGAGCAAGAAGCGCCGCAACAGCGUCAGCAGCGGCCGCCGACCCACCUCCUCCUCCGAAUCCAACGCCAACCGCGCCGAUCGCGUCCCCUCGCCGGACCUGCGCAGUAAGUCGGCGCGAUCCGUGCCGCACAGCGAACGGUCCAACGAUUCUUCGGACGCGGAUUCCGUGCAUUCGCUGCCCAUCGAUGGGCUGAAUGCGCCCAUUUCCUACGCCGAUAUAGCGAAGAACAGCGAGAAAGCCAAAGAGAAGAAAACCACGCCGGAGAAACCGAAGGAGAAAUCGCCGAGUUGGGACAAGAGUGCGGCGGCCGGCGAGAAGCAACAGGUGUCGAACCCGAGAACGCAACUCGACGCGUCUAAAAGUCUACCCCCAGACUUUAACGACGCGAAGAGCUUCCCUGCCAUACCAAUCGACUCCGCCAAGAGUCCUUCCAGUUUUCCCGCCAUACCGGCCGACUCCGUCAAGAGUCCCGCCAGUUUUCCCGCCAUACCGGUCGACUCCGUCAAGAGUCCCGCCAGUUUUCCCGCCAUACCGGUCGACUCCGUCAAGAGUCCCGCCAGUUUUCCCGCCAUCGUUUCCGAGGGCGACUCGGGUAAUCCAAAGAAUUUGUUUCCGGACGUGAACAGCAUCCGGAGCUUUCCCGCCAUCACGAACAAUAGUAAGGGUUGUGUGGUGGAGAAGACGAACGUUAGGAAUGUGAGUGUCAGUGGUAAAUCUAGGAACGUAUCGCCGGGUAAUAAGAGUGGUGGUAAAGCGGCGGAUGGCGAUGUGAAAUUCGGUGGUACGAACAAUGCCGGGGCUGUGAAUAGCAGUAUUCAGAAUGAUUUAACGAUAAUCCACUCGAACGAAAAGGACUCGAUCCAGUUCAAUGCCCAAAUGCUGCCGCCCAACAUCCCCGACGUGCAAACCAUCGAGAAAAUGCACUUCCUGAACUGCCCCCCGCCCCAACAGCAACGUCCUCCCCCUCCAGAUCCGCCCGCGACAACCCCCUUAACCGCCCACGCCGCAGUAUCUUCCUUGCCUGCCCACACCGCGGCAUCUCCUGCGGCCGCCCACACCGCGGCAUCUCCCGUGCCUGCCCAUACCGUCUCGCUGUCGGCGGGCGACCUCGUCGACAGCGAGACGGGCAGCAAUUGUGAUAGUGUUGAACGGACGAUCGAGGACCGACCGCCGCCCGUCGUGAUUUUGAGCGGGCAGGGCAGCAAAGAGGCGACGGUCGGUCUCGUGUUCGGCUUCGACGUGAACGAGCAGCUGCUCAAAGAGGACAUUUGCGAGAAUUUUGUGGCGCGGUACGUAGCGCCGCCGGCGUUCGACAGCUCGGCGCUCAACCACGACAAGAUCGUCAACUUUAUAGGAUCAGCUUGGGAAGCGAUAGUUAACCAAUCAAAUGGUAAAGUACAGUACUACAAGGAGAAACCUUAA